AUUUUCGCAGUGGACCAAGUUCGCAGUGGACCAAGUGUUCGUGCUUUUGUUCUAUGAGCGUUGUGUGGGAAGGCCGAUAUUGUUAUAGUUUUUGAGGCUGCGCUGGAUACGCGUGGGCAAAUGUGCGCAGCCGGGCCUAACACGUCGACACAAAAUCAAUUAUUCCAACGAUGCAUGCCGUGAAACUGGGGAUCUAUAUAAAAUCGGUUUUCUCACACCGUCUUUACUGUUAACACGAUGGCACACAACGCAUCGCUUCGGAGCGCUUGCGCAGUCCUGCUAGUGCUGCUCGCAGCGGCCGGCGCUGCGGCAGCUCGCGAGUUCGGGCCCAAGGCUGCUGCGACGAAUGGUGGUGGUGGUGCUGCUGUGGUGCUGGAGGUCUUCGAGGACUCGCUGCCAGACACUGGCAACACAGGACGCCGGCAGCUCACAGGCAGCAGGCACCCGCCCCUGCGCGCCAUCAUUCCUCCCCCCGGCAAGAACGUACCGCGUGUGAGGCGCGCGCCCCCGCCACAUCGCCACCCGCCAGCGAGCGGUGGUGGCUUGAAGCGGCCGCCGCCUGCUGCUGCAUCCGGCGGCGACACGCGCGAGCGUAUUGAUCUGGUUGUGUUUGGCGACUCCCUCUCCGACACGGGCAACACCUUCCGCGCGGUGGGUGUGCCGCAGGCCGACCUCUACUACCAGGGCAGGUACUCCAACGGCCCCAUCUGGGUCGACUACCUGGCUGCCGCAGUCGCCAACACCACUCAGCUCACAGUCCUGAACUACGCCCACGGCGGCGCCGCGGCCUGCCCCGAGAACAGCGUGGCGACGCAGAUCCGCUUCAUCCGCGACCUGCCGGCGCAGACGUCGGCCUUCAUUGCCAACAUCAGCAGCGCGCCCCAGCAGCAGAGCCAGCAGGGCGGCGGCGGCGGCCGGCGCCUGCUGCCGAUCAACUUCAUCGGCAACAACGACGUGCGGAAUGUCCUGUCGGCCGGCAUCAGCGGCGGCGUCUAUCCCACCGAGCAAUCCAUCGGCGCCCUGGCCCUCGCCAUCACCUCCUGCCGCCUGACCUGGGCGAAGCAGCUGCUGGCGGCGGGCGAGGCUGUGUGGGGGCAACAGCGGGGGCCCGAGCGGGUGCUGGUGCUGCUGCCCCUGGCGCGACUGGACCUCACACCCAGCGUGCCCAAGGAGCUCAAGCCGACGCUCAAGGCGGUGACUGACGCGAUCAACAACUUCCUGACGGCGGCGGUGGCGGCGCUGAAUGCGGAGCUGGCGGCGGCGCCGGUCGACAGCGGGAGCCGCGGCGCGCGGCUGCUGGUGCUACCGGACUUCACUGGGGUGGUGGCGGCGACCGUGACGCCGCCCUUCACGAACUUCGACGAGGCUUGCUUCUUCCACCCCGCGUACGUGCUGGACGUGGUUCCCGGCAUUGUGCCCUGCACCGAUCCCGACACCCACGUCUUCUACGACCAGCUGCACCCCACGACGCGCCUACAAAAGGCGUUCGCCCUUAGUGGAGUGCUGCCAGCGCUUCAGCAGGCGGGGCUGCUGCCGGCGGCCGCCUAGCCGCCGCCCACCGCUGUCGCCUCACCGCCGCACGAUGUAUGACGGCGGUGCUGGGGCACUAGCUAGCGGUCAUGCAUGGCAGUGGUGCUGCCGGGACUCGUACGCCGGAUGUUUGGUGGCUUGGGGCACGCCGAUCGAGCCCAGGCGUCACUGACUGGGAGAUGGCAUGGGGUGCGGGGCAGGGGGUAGCGCACCCACGCACGCACGCACGCACUCACCCAGUGGAUGCCGUAUACCGUAUGCACGUGUGGCGCUGUGAUCGAUCAGACUGCUGGCCAUGUGCGCGUGCAUGCGGACUUGCUUAUGUGCGAGCGUGUCAACGUACGUGUGUAUGUGCAUAUGCGUGCGAUGUGUGCGGGCACAUGACGGCAGCCCGGGGGAUCCAGCAUGCACGUAGUGUGCGUGUGUGGGCUGAGAUCAAGCGCCAGUUACCGGUACUGCCGUGGCCGUGUUGGGCCAACUUCUGUGAGCACGCAUGAUCGCACAUAGCACAUGUAAUGGCCCUAAUACCAUGGGGGCAUGUCGCACCCGUGGGGGGCACUGUAACCGUAGGAUGGU